CACCUCGGUAGCUUCUAGCCAACAUAGCCGAAAACAUUUCAGCUCUUUAAAAGCUUUCGUUGUAUAUUAGCCACUGUGUUUUAAACACACUUGUCGUAUCUACUAGCUAGUGACACCAUUUAAUUUGAUAUUUACGUUGUUGUUAGUCAGCUAGCUAGCUGGGUAAAUUAGCAGUAGUACUAGUCUAGUCACUAAUGCUAACUAGCUAUCAAGCUAACAUCUCGACCAUGAGCUCACUAAACGACGCCACCACUUCCAAAGAGGGGAUCUGCUGGUUGGAGAAAGAAACUCUGGGGCUGAACAUUGUCGUGAAAGAGGAGAAGGAAGAAGAGGAUGUCACAGUAAAAAAAGAAGCCGAGAUUGAGGCUGUUACAGUGAAAGAAGAAGAGAAAGAAGUGAAAUUGACAGAAGAUGAAGAAGCUUUCAGAGUGAAAGAGGAGGAGGAGGAUGUUACAGUAAAAGAAGAGGAGGAAGAGAAAGAGGAGGUGACUGUCACAAUGAAAGAAGAGGCAGAUAUUUUUGGAAUGAAGGAAGUGGGGGAGAUUACUGUCACAUUGGAAGAAGAAGAAGAAGAAGAGGAGACAGGAGAUCUGAUUAACAACAGAGAGAGACCAGACUCUCACUCUGACAGCAGUAAGAGUCCUUCAGAGGAACCAGACCCAGAGACUCCCAAACCAGUGACACGACUCGACUGCUCCAAGUGUAAUAAGAGUUUUAAUUUGUCAUGGAACCUAAAAGAGCAUGAGAGAAAACACACAGGUGGGAAGCCUUUCCACUGCUCCCAGUGUGGAAAGAGAUUUUCACGAUCACAGAACCUAAAAAAACAUAGUAGAAUACACACAGGAGAAAAGCCGUACCACUGUUCCCAUUGUGGAAAGAAUUUUAGGUUGUUGGAUAAGCUGAAGGAGCAUGAGAGGACACACACUGGGGAGAAACCUUACCAUUGCUCCUUGUGUGCAAAAAGUUUUACUCAGUUAGCUAACCAAAAAGAGCAUGAAAGGAAACACACUGAAGAAAAGCCUUUCCAAUGUUCCCAGUGUGGAAAGAGAUUUUCCCGAUCACAGAACCUAAAAAUACAUCAGAGGACACACACAAGGGAGAAAACGUAUCUUUGCUCCCAUUGUGGAAAGUGUUUUACCCAGUUAUGGAGCCUGAACAAACAUAAUAGAAUACACACAGGAGAAAAACCUUUCCACUGUUCCCAUUGUGGAAAGAGUUUUAGGUUGUUAGGUAACCUAAAAGAGCAUGAAAGGAAACACACAGGAGAAAAGCCUUUCCAAUGUUCCCAUUGUGGAAAGAGAUUUACACGAUCACAGCAACUAAAAUCACACGAGAGGACACACACAGGGGAGAAACCAUACCACUGCUCCCAGUGUGAAAAAAGUUUUGCACAGUUAGCGAGCCUGAACAAUCAUAAGAGAAUACACACAGGAGAAACGCCUUAUCCCUGUGCCCAUUGUGAAAAGAGAUUUUCACGACCACAGGAACUAAAAUCACAUGAGAGGACACACACAGGGGAGAAACCAUACCAUUGCUCCCAGUGUAAAAAGAGUUUUUCGCUGUUAGGGAGCCUGAACAAACAUAAUAGAAUACACACAGGAGAAAAGCCUUACCACUGUGCCCAUUGUGAAAAGACGUUUUCCCGAUCACAGGACCUAAAAUCACAUGAGAGGACACACACAGGAGAAAAGCCUUACCCCUGUGCCCAUUGUGGAAAGAGAUUUCCACGAUCGCAGGAACUAAAAUCACAUGAGAGGACACACACCGGGGAGAAACCUUACCAUUGCUCCCUGUGUGGAAAGGAUUUUUCCCAUUUAGGGAGCCUGAACAAACAUAAGAAGAGAAUGCACUCUUGAGUGAAUUCUUAUCCAUGUUCCCAUUCCCAGGCUGUGUUCUGACUUGUGUUUGACUGUUGUUUUAUGCCACAUUAAAUCAUAUUGUUUAUAUUAAAUCUUAAUCAACAAUAGGCCUGUUUUAUUUUUUUCUUCUGGAGACAUGAUUAUGUCUAAAAUCUGAUUAUAAUUUUAAAAUGUAUUUUGUUUUGAUUCUAAACUUUGAUAGAUUGGAUACAUGUUACAACCCUUAGAUGUUCAUGACAUGAUUUGGAUAUUUUAAAAUGUAAAUUGUUAAUUGGAUGAAUAUUGUGUGUAUGUAGUUGUUUGGUUUCAUUUAGUUCAUUUGUGUUCUAGUCUCCAAGCUAAAGAUGCAUGAAAAUGUGAUGAUGUUCUGAUAACGUUAACAUGAAAAACAUUCACCACAUCUUGAAUGUUCCCAUCAGUAUUAUUCCACUAUGUUAGAGAAUACACAGCUGCUGAUUGUAAAACACAUUUGAUUAAUGCAACAUUUUUAUCUGAAUAGAAGUAUAAUGAAUAUUUUUAACUGUGUUAGCCACUAGUGGACAUUCAUUAUAUACAUGUACAAUUGAAGUCAGAAGUUUACAUGCACUUAGGUUGGAAUCAUUAAAACUUUUCAACCACUCCACAAAUUUCUUGUUAACAAACUAUAGUUUUGGCAAGUC